AUGUAUAGAGAGAGAGGAACGGUGGGUUCGAGACCUGAGGUUGUGGAUCGUAAACGAAUCAACGAAACUUUCGAUAAACAUCCUUCUCCUUCGACCUCUCGUUCAGUUAACGGUAAAGGCAAAGGAACCGUCACCUCGUCGGCGGCGAACUCCGUCUUGAUUGGGAAACAGUCGCAUGACCAUAGAGAUUCUCGUUCUUCUAAGAACAAUGUUGUCUCAGAUGAUGAAUCAGAUACAGAUAGUGAAGAAUCAGAUGUUAGUGGUUCUGAUGGAGAAGACGACACCUCAUGGAUUUCUUGGUUCUGCAAUUUAAGAGGAAACGAGUUCUUUUGUGAAGUUGAUGAUGAUUACAUUCAAGAUGACUUUAACUUGUGUGGACUAAGCAGUUUAGUUCCGUACUAUGAGUACGCUCUUGAUUUGAUUUUGGAUGUUGAAUCUUCUCAUGGAGAGAUAUUUACAGAGGAACAGAAUGAAUUGAUCGAGUCAGCGGCGGAGAUGCUUUAUGGACUGAUUCACGCUCGUUACAUAUUGACAAGCAAAGGGUUAGCUGCAAUGUUGGACAAAUACAAAAACUAUGACUUUGGGAGAUGCCCUAGGGUUUAUUGCUGUGGCCAACCUUGUCUUCCCGUUGGUCAAUCAGAUUUACCUCGAUCAAGCACCGUGAAGAUAUAUUGCCCUAAAUGUGAAGACAUUUAUUACCCGCGAUCGAAGUAUCAAGGCAACAUUGAUGGAGCUUACUUUGGGACAACAUUUCCACAUCUGUUCUUGAUGACUUAUGGACAUCUGAAGCCACCAAAGGCAACACAAAACUAUGUUCCAAGAGUGUUUGGAUUCAAAUUACACAAGCCGUGA